AUGGCCUUGAGGAACCACAGUGUCGUCGCUGAGUUCAUCCUCCUUGGGUUCUCAGCCGACCCCCACAUCCAGGCUCUGCUCUUUGCGCUCUUCCUGGUAAUUUACCUCCUGACCCUGGUGGGGAACCUGAUGAUGCUCUUAGUGAUCAGUAUUGAUUCUCACCUCCACACACCCAUGUACUUUUUCUUGAGUAAUCUAUCAUUCCUGGAUCUUUGUUUAUCUUCAGUCACUGUGCCGAAGAUGCUAGAGAACCUUCUCUCUGUGACAAAAACCAUCUCAGUGGAUGAAUGCUUGACUCAAGCCUUCUUUGUGUUUCUCACUGCAGGGAAUGAGUGCUUUCUGCUUGCAGUGAUGGCCUAUGACCGCUAUGCUGCUAUCUGCCAUCCUCUGCUCUAUGGCCAGAUGAUGAGUAAACAGUUGUGUAUACAUCUUGUGUGGGGGUCAUGGGGUUUCAGUUUUCUAAAUGCAGUAAUCAAUUUCAUCCCAGUUGUGAAGCUGGAGUUCUGUGAGAACAAUACCAUUAGGCACUACAGCUGUGAGCUGCCCUCUCUCUUCCCUCUGUCCUGCUCAAAUAUCACCAUCAACCUCAUAGUCCUGGUCUGCUCCUCCCUGAUACAUGGAUUUGAGACCUUCCUUCCAAUCGUAUUGUCUUAUGUCCACAUUGUCUCAACCAUCCUGAGCAUCAGUUCCACCUCAGGUAGAAGCAAGGCCUUUUCCACCUGCUCCUCCCACCUCACAGCAGUGAGUUUAUUCUAUGGCUCAGGUUUGCUACGAUAUCUCAUGCCAAACUUGGGCUUAUCCUUAAAGUUGAUCUUCUCUGUGCAGUACAGUAUAGUCACUCCCAUGCUGAAUCCCCUCAUCUACAGCCUAAAGAACAAGGAGGUGAAGGAAGCUAUGAGAAGAAGCCUUGGAAAGCUUCUUCUAUAUUUCAGAUAG